AUGGCGUACGAGGGAAUUCUAGUGGGAAUGGGAAAUCCACUUUUGGAUAUUUCAGCUGUGGUGGAUGAAGAAUUUUUAGCCAAGUAUGGUAUUAAAUUGAAUGAUGCAAUUCUCGCAGAGGAAAAACACGUGCCCAUGUAUGAUGAAAUGUCAUCUAAAUACAGUGUGGACUACAUUGCUGGAGGUGCUACACAGAAUUCAAUCAGAGUUGCUCAGUGGAUGCUACAAAUUCCCGGUGCAACCAGUUACAUAGGCUCCAUUGGAAAGGAUAAGUAUGGCGAGGAGAUGAAGAAAAAUGCCAAAGAAGCUGGUGUUAAUGUUCAUUACUAUGAAGAUGAGUCUCCCACUGGUACUUGCGCAGUAUGUGUAGUCGGUGGCGAAAGAUCACUCGUGGCCAAUUUGUCAGCAGCAAAUUGUUACAAAUCUGAUCAUUUGAAGAAACCAGAAAAUUGGGCAUUGGUUGAAAAGGCCAAGUACUUCUACAUUGCUGGAUUUUUCCUCACAGUUUCCCCAGAGUCCAUCAUGCUUGUUGCUGAGCAUGCAGCUGCAAACAACAAGGUUUUCAUGAUGAACCUUUCUGCACCAUUUAUCUGUGAGUUCUUCAAGGAUGUGCAAGAGAAAGCAUUACCGUAUAUGGACUUUGUUUUUGGAAAUGAAACGGAAGCACGAACUUUCUCCAAAGUUCAUGGCUGGAAGACUGAAAAUGUUGAGGAAAUAGCUUUGAAAAUCUCUCAGUGGCCAAAGGCAUCUGGAACACACAAAAGAAUUACUGUUAUUACUCAGGGUGCAGAUCCAGUUGUUGUUGCAGAGGAUGGGAAAGUGAAGUUGUUCCCUGUAAUUCCGUUGCCGAAGGAGAAACUCGUUGAUACAAAUGGUGCAGGGGACGCUUUUGUUGGGGGAUUUCUGUCUCAGUUGGUUCAAGAAAAACCCAUUGAAGAUUGUGUAAAAGCAGGUUGUUAUGCAUCAAAUGUCAUUAUCCAGAGGUCCGGGUGCACGUACCCCGAGAAGCCCGAUUUUAAAUGA